UAAAUGGCUUUCUAACAGUUUUGUAACACGCUUCGAAUUGUGCGGAUUGUCAGGCAACAAAAACAAACACCAACCAAAAUAAAAUAGCAACAAUGUAUUUUAAAAACUUUUUUGUAAACAUUUUUAUUUUAUUCGGCUUGGUGAUAGCGUGGAGUACUGUGGCGAACGGUGCCUUUCCGGAUGAUCCAAAGCCCUGCAAAUAUGGCGAUGAACAAUGUAUUGGAAAAGUUAUUGGACUUAUUGCAAGGGAGAAAUAUGGUGGUGAUGACAGCCUGAAUUUAAGUGCCAUGGAUCCCAUACCUGUCAAAAAGUUGCACAUCAAACAGGGUAGUGAUAGUCCAGUCAACAUUGAUUUGUUAUUUACCAACAACGUGGGGAUUGGACUUAAAACGGCAACAUUGUUAAAAACGAAAGGCUUCGGCAAAGAUUUGGCAACAAAACAUGAAGUUAUAUUCAAAACUGAUAAACUGGCCUUAGUGGGAGACUAUAAGAUAUCCGGCAAGGUGUUGGUACUUCCCAUACACGGUUCGGGUAAAAGCAAUGUAACACUGGUCGAACCCAAAAUAACUAUCAGUUGGAUGGGCACACCAAAUGUAAAGGAUGGUGGUGCUACCCACAUGAAAUUGGAUAAAUUCACCGUUGAUUUGGAACCAAAGAAUGUCAUUUUCAAUUUUGAGAAUCUAUUCAACGAUAAGUUUCUCAGCGAUAAUAUGAAUAAAUUCUUAACUGACAGUUGGAAGGAAAUCUAUCCCGAAAUCCAUACCGCAUUGACAAAGGGCUUGGCUCCGAUUGCCCGCAAUGUUAUUCAGGGUGUUUUUGAUAAACAUCCCUAUGAGAAAUUGUUUUUAGAAUAAAUUUGUUUAUAGAAAAUUGUACGUAGAAUAUAUUGAAAAGAAUAUGUGGUAUAAUAAAUUUUUAUUUCCGACAAUUUUUAAAAGAUGAA